AAUGCCUGUAUGCAAAAAUGAAACCCGGGUUUCAGCCAUUUUCGUCCUACGUGUUGAAGAUGUUCUGCAUUCAUCAUGAUAUCAAUUGUACAAUUAAAACAAAAAUUGUAUCGAAAUGUUUGGACGAAGUGCUGGAUUUAAUGGCAGAGUACUGUGAAAAUGAUGAACUUCCAAAUGUGUUCAAUAAGAGGCUAACAUACCUGUAUAUCAGUGAUACAGAAUCUGAGUUCCGGAUAUGUAUGCUGGAUGGUUUAAGGAAGAUUAAAGAAUUGGCGGUUGCGAACCCUACUCAGGCUAAUUUUAGUAAGGUUAUUGCAGAUGUAGUAGAGCAGUCUUCAAGCACAGUUGAUCUUCUCCGGAAUAGAGUGUUAAAGGAAGAAGAUAGGCGAUUCAGAGCGGAACAGCGCCAGCGUACAGCGAAUGAACCGGCAACGUUUAAAGGGGAGAAGAGUUCCGGACGUCUUUGAAAGAAUUGAAAAAUCCAAUUUACGGCUCUGAGUGGAAUUCGUACAAUUGCAUAGAAGAAAAUGCUACCCAAAUGCUUUCUAUCGGCACAUUAAGUUAUGGAAUGCAGCCC